AUGGGGUCAAGGGGUCCCCCCAACCCCCUAGCCCCACCUGGGGAGUCUUGGGGUGGCAGGGCCCCACCUCGCCCCAACCCUCCUGCAGGGACCGAGGAGUGUGAGCACGCCGUCAUCGAUUUCUUGGCUUUCCAGGACAUCUCCUUCAAGAAGCUCCUGCGGCUGCAGCAGGCCCUGACGGGCUCCGGGGGACAGAGUCCGUUGACACUGAGGGAGGGCCGCGUGGCUUUGCAGCUGAAGCUGCGGCAGCAGCUCACGGAGCUCCGAAAGGCGCGGGCCGAGCCGCUGUUGACACGGCUGCUGCGGGCGCUGCGUGAGGCCAGGCUGCCUGGGCUGGAGCGCAACAUCCGUGAGCGCUUCCUCCGGGUGCGCUGAGCACCCCCCUUUAUUUAUUCUACUCCCCGGCUGUGCCCCACCAUGGGCAUUGCCCCAAACCACACCAGAGGAGCCUUCUAAGCAGGCUCCUGUCAAGCUAACGGUUUAUUUUUUAUAAAGCCGUUUUGUAAAACUGAGUGAAGGGUCUGCUGGGAGCACAGUGGGGCACCUGGCAG